GGCAGUCCUUGAUCCGAGGAUAUGGAGGAGUCUCCACGACGGGAUGGAAAUGGUGGCGAUUCACACUUUCAGGAGCAAAGAUCACAUGAAGACUGGGAACAGGCUCCAGCGCAAGGUCCUGCGAUGCCUCAGUGCGGUAGUGAGUGGCAAUAUUAUCUUCCUUCUACUCCCGACGAUCCUUCCUACGAAUACUACGCCAAUCAGCUUAGCGUGGAAGGAAAUGCAAGCGUUCCAGCAGCAGCCAUUGCUCCUGCUCCUGCAAAGGAUCCUCGCUUCAUGACGCAGGAAGAGAAGGACAGAGGCAUGAGUUCGGUUUUCUGGCAUCUAUGUAUAGCCCAUUGUUCAUAUUAUAAUCGACCCAUUGGGCCAGCAUCCAUGGGGUAUCCAUGAGGCACAUAUCGGUUUAAGAGACGCUUCCUUGCCUUACUGCCCUGCUUUAGUGCUCUGUUGUUCUAUGCUCUGUAGAAUCUGUUCUUGGCUAUGGUGUAAGGGAUAUUUCGGGUGGUAUGGAGAGCUGCGGAGCUGCUAGGGAUUGAUAGCAAUGGCCGCAAUCACAGCUUCGGAUUCCAGUGUUCUGGAGCAAUUCCAUCACUUGUCAUUGCCUUCUCCCCUGCGUUGCCAUCCAGCUCGUCCCCGGCAGCUCCAGCUUGGCGACCUCCAUCCUCAAGAAUCGCAGUGCAAGAUGGAGGAAGCAAGAGGAUUCAACAAUUGCCUAGACGCCGCGGCGGGUAACAAUGGGAGCAUCGAUGGUUGCGAGCAGCACAGCGGCAGUUGGCAAUGUGGGGAGGACACGGCGAUGGCCGUCGAUGACAAUCAAGGCUGCCACACUCCCAAAUUCUAGAUGGAGUUAGAUGGAGUUCACUUACGCUUGCUAUGACACUGAGGUGUGCCAGAAAAGGAUAAUUCUUCUUCUUUUGCCAUGAGCGCCAAGAGCAAGAUGUGAGAACAUAGUGCUCUAGAUAAAGUAGUAUGGUAUGCAAUUUAGUCGAUUGUCCA